AUGUCAAAAGUAAUUACUGAACAACAAGAUAUCAGUAGUAGUGAUCAUAAUAAUAAUAGUAAUAGUAAUAAUAAUAAUAUUAAUAAAGAAAAUGAACAAAAACAACAACAAUUAUUAAGUAGCAGUAUUGGAAGUGAAAUAAGUGAUAGUAGCGAUAGUAGUUUCAUUAGUAGUAGAAUCGAUGACAAAGAUAAACCGGUGGAGAUUGUAGGUCAGUUGAUAGAGGUACUACAGCUGAUCUAUCUGGGUGUGAGGGAUUCAUUCAAGGUGAUGCUGGCAUUCAAGAUUCUUUUACAUUCGAAAUCACUCAAGCGUCUCUACUACAACUGUAUCUUACUCAAUGGAAUCAUCUUCCUUGGUUCCUACCUCGUCUAUCUCUACUGGGCACAUCCCACCUUAGAAUAUCUUUUAUCACAAUUCCCAACACUCUCAAACAUAUUCUCUAUUAUUUAUUGUUUACUCUGGGUAUAUCCAGUUUAUAUUUUCAGUAUGGUAUUGAAUUCCAAGUGGUAUACAGAGAUUGCUGCCGAAGCAUUUAGAAUAUCUGGAUUCAGAAACACUGGUGGACCAGCAUCUGUAAACCGACUGCUCUCUUCGAUCGUCGAUGAGAUCUACCGUAAUCUGAUGUUUGGUGUCUUUUUAGUGCUCUCUGUAAUCAUUGCCUUCAUUCCAUACACUUCACUCAUUAACUUUGUACUUAUUACAUGGUUAUAUUCUUUUUGGUGUUUCGAUUAUAAAUGGAUUUUAAGAGGAAAAUGGUCAUUAAUGCAACGUUUAACAUAUUUCGAAUCACAUUGGGCAUAUAUGUUUGGUUAUGGUGCAGUAUUUACAUUGGCAUCAUUCUUCUUCCCCUUGUUGAUUGGUAAUGCAAUCUUUUCAUUAUUAUAUCCGAUGUUUAUUAUUUUAUCGGUUGGUGCUAAACCAAUAAAAAUGACCAAGAAAGGUUUGCUUCCAAAGCAAAUUCCAAUAUUCUAUGCAUCUGAAAAGAUUGUAAAUGUACUGUUAAAAUCAUUCAUUUUAAAAAAACAACAACAACAAAAACAAAAUUAA